AAAAAAAAAAAAAGAGGAAGAAAACGCAUAAUAAUGCCGUCAAAUUUGAGCUAAAAAACGCUUUUCUUGGGUAAUAAAGAGGAAAAAACCGAACAGUUUUUGUUGGAGAUUUGGGCCAGUAAGUGUCGGCUCUGGCUGUGCUGCUGCUGUUGGUCUCCCUGUCUUUCCUUAUAAGCAGCGAAGCUAUGGCUGCUCCGCUUGCUUUCUACAUAGCACAACAUAAACAAACAGUUUCCUUCUUCCCCUCCCUUUCUCCCUCUCACCACUCUUUCUCUGCUCUACCCACCACAGGAGCGCACAAUUGCCCAUCACCCCAUGAUUGAGCACUGAGCUCUGUGAACUGGGUUGAAGCUACAUUCUCUCAAAACGGCUCGUUUUGGGAGCUUCAUCCCUCCAAAUCUCUCUCCCUUCAGGUGCAGAAUGGCUGAUCCCAGAUUGGGUCAAUGGAUAUGCUCUGCAUUGGGUUUGCUGCUGUUGCUUAAAACUGAAGGCUUAUAUGUUGGGAUGACUCUCCUUGAAAGUGCCGUGGCUAAAGGCGCCGUUUGUUUAGAUGGCAGUCCCCCAGCUUACCACUGGGAUAAAGGAUUCGGAUCGGGGAUCAACAGUUGGUUGGUACAUAUAGAGGGUGGAGGCUGGUGCAACAAUGUGACAGCUUGCCUUGGUCGAAAAAAAACCCGUCUUGGUUCCUCUGAUCAUAUGGUGAAACAGAUUGCUUUCUCUGGAAUAUUAAGCAACAGCAGAAACUUUAACCCGGAUUUUUACAACUGGAAUAGGGUCAAGGUGAGGUAUUGUGACGGUUCAUCAUUUACUGGCGAUGUGGAGGCUGUCAAUCAUGUUACUAAACUACACUUCAGAGGUGCGCGGAUUUGGCUUGCAGUGAUUGAAGAUCUAUUGGCGAAAGGAAUGAAGAAUGCAGAAAACGCUAUUCUCUCCGGUUGUUCUGCUGGUGGAUUGACUUCGAUACUGCAUUGUGAUGGCUUCAAAGCUCUCCUGCCUAUGGGAGCAAAAGUAAAAUGCCUUUCAGAUGCUGGUUAUUUUAUUAAUGUGAGAGAUGUUUCGGGCACACGUCACAUACAAUCCUAUUUCAAUGAAGUUGUUAUGACACAUGGUUCAUCAAAGAAUUUGCCUCGGUCAUGUACUUCAAGAUUUAGUCCCGGAUUGUGUUUCUUCCCUCAAUAUACUGCUCAACAAAUCCGGACACCUCUCUUCAUCCUGAAUGCUGCAUACGACUCUUGGCAGAUAAGGAAUAUUUUGGCACCGCGUGAUGCGGACCCUCAAGGAGCCUGGGUUAGCUGCAAGCUCGACAUUAGUAAUUGUUCACCUGUUCAACUAAAAGUCAUGCAGGAUUUCAGGAUGAGGUUCUUAUAUGCACUGAGUAGACUACAGAGGUCCCGAUCAACAGGAAUGUUCGUAGAUUCUUGCUAUGCCCAUUGCCAAUCCGAAAUGCAAGAGCUUUGGCUCCGGGAUGAUUCCCCAGUAUUGGCCAAAACGUCAGUUGCAAAAGCAGUGGCGAAUUGGUUCUAUGACCGGACGCCUUUCCAGAAGAUAGAUUGCCCAUAUCCCUGCAAUCCCUCUUGUCCCGGCAUGGCUUCUUCUCCAGAAGAGUACACGGAAGCAUAGAUUUGAUAGGUCAAAUUCAAUACCGAUUCAUAUAUAUAUAUAGAUUAGUUCCUCGAAGAGGCGUAUGGCUUAUAUACACAUAUUACAUUACAAGAUCAAAUAAGAUGCAUCAUUCAUCACUAGUCCAUUUAUCAAGAAUAGCGAGAAAAUAAACAAGCAUGCCAUUGCAUGACCUGUGUGCAGGGUAUUGUCUCCAUUAAUUAUUGUUCGUAUUGCCAGAUAUUAUUCAUUCGUGAUAGUGAAGUGCGAUUCACUCGAGCUUCGAUUUC